AAGUUAGAUUCAAGAUUCGAUCAAAAUCCAUUUUCUUUGUUAAAAUCAAAAUAAUGGAAUAUUUCCAGCUGCUGAAUGUACAACAAAAGUAAGGUUGUAACUUAUUAUUUAUUGAGGGUAUAACUGUAAUAAAUUAGUAAUUAGACACAUUACUAAUUACUGGGAAGGAAUAUUAUAUAUAAAUAUAUUAUAUGCGACAUGUUAUCCAUGUUACCAGGCUAGAUGGUAACCCUCAGUAUUGGAAACAUGUCCCUCAUUGUCCCUUGCAGACAGACAUACUCUUUGUCCCACGUUUGGUUUGUUGGGAUCGGGUCACCCUCAGAAUACAGCCUCAUUAGCAACAUCUGCUUUUGCCUAGUCAUACUACAAAGUGCUGAUAUGAAAUCGAACUAAUGAGCGAUCACGUUCACAGCGGAGCGUGCAGGACGGCAACGGCCUGUGAUUGGUGGAGAGGCUGCUGAUGUCACUGGAGCAGUCCGGCCAGUGUUUUGAGAAUGGGAAAAGUUAGUCAGUGUGUGAAGAGCCGCUGCCUCAGACUGCUCCGAUCCGACCGAACACUGGCAUACACAGCGCGCCCACUGACUGCACUUUCAUGUGCUGUAGGCUUGUAGGAGGACAGUUGUUUAUCACUGGAUAUAUCACUAUCAGCACCACCGGACGGACCCAUGAGCCAGGGCAGGAUCGCUAUUCUCUCAUAAACAAGGUGCAGCUUUGACCGAUAUGGCCGUGUCAUUGCGCUGCCACAGGACAGUCCUAUUGGCUGUGGCCUUCUGUUUCCUGCCAUGCAUCACGUCCUCACUCAACCUGGAGGAUCCCAACGUCUGCAGCCACUGGGAGAGUUACUCUGUGACAGUGCAAGAGUCAUACGCCCAUCCGUUUGAUCAGAUUUACUACACCAGCUGUACCGACAUCCUCAACUGGUUCAAGUGUACCAGACACAGGGUGAGCUAUCGGACAGCAUACCGUAGAGGAGAGAAGACCAUGUACCGGAGAAAGUCCCAGUGCUGCCCAGGCUUCUACGAGAACGGAGAGAUCUGUGCUCCUCAUUGUGCAGAGAGCUGCGUUCACGGCCAUUGCAUGGCCCCCAACACCUGCCAGUGUGAGCCGGGCUGGGGGGGAUCCAACUGCUCCAGUGCUUGUGACAGUAACCACUGGGGUUCCCACUGCAGUAACAGAUGUCAGUGCCAGAACGGAGCGCUGUGUAACCCCAUCACUGGAGCCUGUAUCUGCACUCCUGGAUACAGAGGCUGGCGCUGUGAGGCCCAGUGUGAGGUGGGCACCUAUGGUAACGGAUGCCAACAGAAAUGCCAGUGCCAGAAUGGAGCCACCUGUCACCAUGUCACCGGAGAAUGCAAGUGCUCACCGGGAUACACUGGAGCUUUCUGUGAAGACCUGUGUCCUCCAGGGAAACAUGGGCAGCAGUGUGAGGAGAGAUGUCCAUGUCAGAAUGGAGGAGUGUGUCACCAUGUAACUGGAGAGUGCUCCUGUCCUGCAGGAUGGAUGGGUACAGUGUGUGGCCAGCCAUGUCCAGAGGGGAGAUUUGGACAGAACUGUUCCCAGGAAUGUCAGUGUCACAACAAUGGCUUCUGUAUGUCAUCCACCGGGCAGUGUCUCUGCAGCCCCGGAUACAUCGGAGAACGGUGCCAGGACGAGUGUCCGGUUGGUACUUAUGGUGCUGGCUGUGCAAAGACGUGUCGCUGUAAGAACAACAGUAAGUGCUACCACACCAACGGAAUGUGUCUGUGUGAGCCAGGAUACACAGGGGAGACAUGUGACAUCCGGCUGUGUCCUGAAGGCAACUACGGCCUACGAUGUGACAGGAAGUGUCCGUGCUAUGCCCAGAACACACGCAGCUGCCACCCUAUGUCAGGAGAGUGUACAUGUCAGCCUGGUUGGUCAGGCCUCUACUGCAAUGAGACAUGCACUCCUGGAUUUUAUGGCGAGUCCUGCCAGCAGGUGUGCCAAUGCCAGAACGGUGCCGACUGCCACAGUGUGAGUGGAGAGUGUAUCUGUGCCCCAGGCUUCACGGGUCCCAACUGUUCCGUCCCCUGCCCAGCAGGAUCACACGGAGCCAACUGCUCCUCCAGCUGCAGCUGUAAGAACAGAGCUCAGUGCUCACCUGUGGAUGGAUCCUGUUCCUGUAAACCAGGGUGGCACGGGGUAGACUGCUCCAUCAACUGUCCCAGUGGUACCUGGGGUCUGGGAUGUAACCUCACCUGUAUGUGUGGUAAUGGAGGAGCGUGUAACGCAUUGGAUGGUCAGUGUACCUGUGCUCCAGGCUGGAGAGGAGACAGGUGUGAACUCCACUGCCAGGAUGGUAUGUAUGGUCUGGACUGUAAGGAGCGCUGUGACUGCAGUCACGCUGAUGGGUGUCACCAUUCUACUGGUCACUGCCGUUGUCUGGCUGGAUGGACUGGUAUCCACUGUGACAGUGUCUGUGCAGAGGGCCGCUGGGGCCCGAACUGCUCCCUCCCCUGCAACUGUAAGAACGGAGCGUCCUGCUCUCCAGACGAAGGUACCUGUGAGUGUGCUCCAGGAUACAGAGGCACCACCUGCCAGAGGAUCUGCUCUCCAGGUUACUUCGGUCACCGCUGCAGUCAGACCUGCCCGCAUUGUGUUCACAGUAAUGGACCCUGUCACCAUGUCACGGGACAGUGCGACUGUCUGCCGGGCUUCAAAGGGGCACUGUGCAAUGAGGUGUGUCCCAGGGGUCGCUUUGGGAAGAACUGCGCCUGGAGCUGCAGCUGCACCAACAACGGCACCUGCAACCCCAUCGACGGCUCCUGCCAGUGUUAUCCAGGAUGGAUCGGGAGUGACUGCUCCCAGCCUUGUCCACGUGGUCAGUGGGGACCCAACUGCAUCCACACAUGUAACUGUCACAACGGAGCCUAUUGCAGUGCUUACGAUGGAGAAUGCAAGUGCACCCCAGGGUGGACCGGCCUCUACUGUACACAACGUUGUCCAUUAGGUUUCUAUGGGAAGGACUGUUCUCAGACCUGCCAGUGUAGGAACGGAGCAGACUGUGACCACAUCUCUGGACAGUGUACCUGUCGCACUGGCUUCAUGGGACUACACUGUGAACAAAAGUGUCCUCCUGGUUCGUAUGGUUAUGGCUGCCGUCAGGUGUGUGACUGUCUAAAUAACUCCACAUGUGAUCACAUGACUGGUACAUGUUACUGCAACCCAGGCUGGAAAGGGGCUCGCUGUGACCAAGCCGGUGCAGUGGUGGUGGGCAGCCUCAACAGUCUGACCAGUGCAGCCAUGCAGGUGGACACAUAUCAGAUUGGAGCCAUCGCGGGAAUCAUCGUCCUGGUGCUGCUGGUGCUCUUUCUCCUCCUCCUCUUUAUUAUCUACAGGAAAAAGCAGAAAGGCAAAGAGCCCACCAUGCCGGCUGUGACCUACACUCCUGCUCUGAGGGUCACUGCUGAUUACACCAUCGCAGAUGCUCAUCCACCAACAUGUGAGGGUCACCCCAGCAACUACUUCUCCAACCCCAGCUACCAUACUCUGACCCAGUGCACCAGCCCCCCACAUGUUAACAAUGGUCCAUAUGGAAAGGCCAAGAGCAACCAGCUGUUUGUCAACUUGAAGAAUGUGGAUCAGAGGAAGAGGGCUCCUCUAGCUGAAAACACUGGCACACUACCUGCAGACUGGAAACAAGGGGACUGCUUCAAUGAACUAGGAGCUUAUGGAGUUGACAGAAGAUACAUGGGGAAAUCUUUACGUGAUCUGGUGAAGGGCACACUCUAUCACGCCAGCUCCUGUUCCCUCAACAGUUCUGAAAAUCCAUAUGCUACGAUAAAGGACCCCCCCCUGCUCACAGCCAAAAACACUGAGUGUGGCUACGUGGAAAUGAAAUCACCGGCAAGACGGGAUUCACCGUACGCUGAGAUCAGUAACAGUAGCCCGACCACUAACCGGAAUGUCUAUGAAGUUGAGCCAACCGUGAGCACCAUCCAGCCGACUGAACACAGCAAUGGCCACGUUCAGUUUGGUCAGGAUCCAUACGAUCUACCAAAAAACAGCCACAUCCCCUGUCACUACGACCUCCUGCCAGCCAGAGAGAGUCUGUCCUCAGACCACAAGGAGCUGGACAGUGAAUGAUGGCACAGAGACCAAGUACUCCAGCUUGCAGCUCCAGCAUUGGAUGUUCCACAAACAGGCACACUUUAUACCCACAAAAUACUUUCACUCGUUUUCUUGCUGUUAUACUUUGACUUAUCAUAUGUAUCACGACUUCUUUUUUAACAAAGUGGGUAUAUGAGACUUUGGAGGUUAGUGUUGAGGUACAGCUGUUCUUUUUUUUACAACAAUUUGUAAACUGCGAUGAAGUCUUCAAAAGUCAUUCCACAUGUUUGGGAGAUAAGGCCUAAGUAUGCUUCGAAUGAAGCAGUUCGUACAAAGUGUCUCACCACUGCUAAUGGCAAAAGUGUUUCUACCUGUCCCCAUAUGGCCACACUCGAAGGCAGCCUGAAAAGCCUCCUGUCAUAGCCUCCUUCUGACUGCCUCCCAGAUCUCUGUCCAAGAACUCUGCGUCUUUUGCCUGUCUUGUAGUCUUAAUGCGACAAAUCGCCAAUCGCUGCAUAAAGGUGGCCGAGAUUCCUGUAUUGUCUGAUUUGGAAAGAUACAAAAAUCAUCGGACGCAGCCCUGUCAGGAUGGUGGUUUCAGCUGCUGUUAAAUUAUCUGAGUACUUUGUUUCAAGCAUACAGAAGCCUUUAUGAUGUUAGCAUAUAACAUUCAAUACCAAUCAAAUCUAUUUUUGUAACAACAGUAGUAGAAAAUGGCUAAUUUGAUGGAAUAUUAGCAAUUAUAUCAAAGAUUAGAUGUUUCAGAGUAGUAGAAUCUAGCUGCUGACAGUGUUUUUGAUGUUUGCACAUCACAAUGACAUCAAUUGCAGUCAGUCCGUGCUGGAUUAGUAUUUGAGUUAACCAAAGGUAUCAGUUCCAUUUAAAGACUAUUUUUAUCAGUGUAGCUUAAAUUGUUAAAUCCAAGAGGUUCCUAGCUGAGCCCCUUCUCAUUGUAUCAAUAUUCCAUAUUCCAUUUUUGAUUUCGCACUAACUUUAGAUCAUUUCCUUUUCAAUUAAUCAGCACACCCGGCAGAAUAAUAGAAGACAGUUAAAACCAUAAUUCAUAAAUAUCCUAAUUCAUCAUGAUCAUUUGCACCAUUUACAAAAGGUCUUCUAAGCUGGAUGUUCUUCCAUAGAGUUGCACUUGAUGAUUACUAAAUCCAUCUUGCUCAGCCGUUGCAGUUAAUUUUCAGUUAUCAACAAAGGUGUGUGUAGUAUUUGAUCAGGACAGUGGAACCAGUGCUGGAUUUGUAACCGAGCAACUGCCCCAGGGGCCCCAUGUUUAUUGUGAGCCCGUUUCCUACCUUGUAUUAACAUGUAAUCUGUAUUUGGAUAUCUCAUCUGGACCAGAUAGAACACCUUAGUGGAAGGGUAAAUGCAAGCAGAACACAUCACAGUCUGAAUGCUUUUGGAUCGGCCUGAACUCAUCUGGAGGGCUAACUAGUGCUGUGAUAAGAUCUUAGCCAGCAAGUUAAACAUCGCUUCAGGAGACUCUCGAGGGACCACUACAAUGAAAAAUAAGAUGAGAAGCACUUGGCUGACCUUUAUACAGUAUAAGUAACAUUAGCAUAGUUAGUUAGUAAGCCUGCAGAUGUCUUCAUCUGUCACAGGACCCUUGCCUUGUAUGUAGCGGUCCUUCAUAAAGUAUUCCUCAUCAUUUCUCUUGGACGGAGUUGUUGUUUGUUGACAGCCUACUGAAUUUUCAUAUCGAGAUCCAAUCUCGAUGUGGGCAGAAUCAAGAUAACAAACUUUAUAAAAGCUUGUCAUUGCUGAAGCUAUCCCUUUAUUCUGACAGUAGUACAUGAGACAGAUAAUCUGUGAAAAAAUCUUGUUUCUCUGGCUUGAUUGUUGAGUCUCAUUCCCAGGGAGUCAAGUACCGACACUUUGGGUUGGCCACUUGAAGCUUUGGGACCGAAAGUGUUGGGAAUGGCAUUCUGCAAAUACUAUUAAGAGCACUAGGAGGAGCCAGAGGAACCUGAUUUUUUCACAGAUUAACUGUCUCGUGUUCUACUGUCGGGAUAUAGUGAAGGUUUCAGCAAAUAUGACAAAAAGUAAUUUUCAUAAAAGUGACCUACUGCAGCUUUAAAUGCAUUCUUUUAUUUGAUUGUUUACUCAUUGUGUCGAUAUACUGAAUAACUUUUUGUUAUGCAUGAAUGGAGUGUUAUUAAAAACAUUAUUUAAAGCUCUGUGUGAAAGAAUACAGACCAGUAGAUGGCAAAUGUAGGAAUCCGACCAAUGAGUACUGUAGAUCAGCCCAGUAUUGUUCAGGAAACCCUUUUCCACUGCAGGAACCCAUAAUCUGGUAAACUGUUAAGAACUUUGAAAGUCUUUGGUACACAGUUCUUUCUUUUGUUUCCACUGCAUUUUACAAACAGGACGUUUAAUAUAUAUAUAGAGCAUAAACAAUGCAAAAGCAGGAUAUGCAUACCCACCAUAUUUAACAGACUUUGAUCUAUACACAGACAGCAUGGAAGAAGUUUAACUAAUUUUAUUGAUUUUCUUUCUUAUUUAUGAAGAUAUUUAUUUCUGACUGGGAAUCCAUGGCACUGCUGGCACAAGUAGGGAUGGGAUGAUAUAAGAUAUUAUUGUAUAUAAUGAUUAAAAAAAAAUCUUGUUUCUUAACAAUAAAGUGGUGUGUGUUUUAGUGCCAUUUAAGAGUAUUAAGUAUAUUUUGAUUAUUAUCGGGAUAAUAUCGUGAAUUGCAAUUAUUCUGACCAGGAUAAUAUGACAUGAAAUUUUCAUAUCGUCCCAUCCCACACACAAGCCAGUCAAUGGCCCAAAAUACUGCCCAGUUCAUUUAACUUUUUUAACUUUUCUUUUCAUGUGCACAUGUAAUCUUUUUUGGCUCUGUAUGUGUGGUCCACCUCUUAGUUUCAAACCGCUGACUCCAGCUCCUUCUACAUUGCCUCAUUUACCGAAAUACUAAUGACAGCCUAGACAUGCUGGUGACGUGCUAAUGAAGUGUCCUCUGCUGUUCUUCUUUUUGGUUGUCCAGCUCCAUCCAGUAGUAAUCCAGUGUAUCGACAUGUGUGCUUGACCAAUCAUGAUUGACAGCACUGCCGAUAACCCCUGAAAGCACUUGAACCUUACAUUUAGUGUCGUCUCCUAAGCAGCACCCAAAUGUAGUUCUACAAACAACAAACAGUGGAAAUAGAAGCAGAACCUGUGACAAUGGCUGCACUAUAUGUUACGUUAAAUUAUGUUUCUGCAGUUGAAAGGGGAUAAUAAACAUUUUCCCUGCACCUCCAGCUCCCCACUUCUGGCAACCCCUGAAAGUACCUAGAACUUCCUGUUAGUAUCACCUCCUAAACAGAGCCCAGAUUUAGUUCCAGGAAUUUGUCCCCAAAGAAGUUCCUGCGGUGGUAAGGAUCAUAUCUAUGUGGAAGCCCAUCCACCUAUGUAAUGAUUUUUGAGAUAAUAAAUCAAAAUAUUCAAAGAUUCUAAUUAUUUUGAGAUACUAUGUCAAAAUAUUGAGAAAGUUUCUCAUUAUUUUAUGAUACUAAUCAUUAUUUAGAUAAUGUUUCUCAUAAUUUGAGAUACUAAGUCAUUAUUUUCGGAAAGUUUCUCAUUAUAGUGACGAACAGGAUCCUUUUUUUCAACACAUUGGCAAAAAUGGGAUACCAUAUGUUUCUUUCUACAAUUAUACAAUUACAUCUUCAUCUUGUCUGAUAGUACCACUUCAGGAAACAUCCUUAUAUCACCACAUAAAUCCAGUUUUCUGUACAAUAAGACCUAACCCAGUUGCUGAUCUUUAUUACUGUGCAGUUUAAAGGGCUGAACAUAUCUAAUAAAAUGCAAGCUUAAGCUGGACUUUGGCUUUUUGAAAGGUUAACUGUAACAGUAACAGUUCACAUUAUUCAUCUGUAAUUGUCAUUGUCAUGUAUCACAGAAAAUUGUUCAGAACAACAUUUGCUUUUGAAUGAUUGUAUUUUUUUCUUUUUGUCUUUCCUGUAUUCUGAAUGGCCUAAAAUAGCAGUCUUAAGCUAUUCUGAGCCUAUUUGAAAUGUUUGUAAAAUAAUGUAUAUAGUUUGAUCAGUUCUGAUGUAAAAUAAUAAUCCAUUCACCCAUGGAAAUUGAAAACCGGAACAAAUGUGGCAUUUGGUUGAACUGAAGGAUUAUGAAAAGCGGGAGUCUUUUACAGAUACUGCCUUUAUUUUGUAGUCUUUUUCCCCUUUCUGUGUAUUCAAAGGGUGACUUGAGAUGUUUGAUCUGACAGGAAUGCUAGAGCUGAAGAAGUUUAACAAAUACAUCAAAUUCAUCUUUUCAAAUCCAUCUUAACUGGUUCUUUAAUCCUCCAGUUGAAAGAAGAAUCACUUACACACAAACUGCACAUUUGUUCCCCAAUAAGGUGACAAUGAUUUAGCCACUACCAUCAUGGGAUUCUAUCUAUUACGCUUUUUGGGGUUUUGUUUUUCAUUAUAGUGCCGUUUGUUCAAAAGUUUUGGAAUAAAAUGACAUAAUAUGAUGAAA